CUCCAAGAUGCGCAGGUGGGGAAGCAAGGCAGCGGCGGCCGGAGCAUCCUGGAGAGAGAAAGAAGGGGUGGUAGGUGAAACCGGAGGCGGCAGGACUGGGGAAGAGGGAAGGCGGUGCCACGCCACCUCGACAGCAGCGCCCGUGCGGUCGGCGGCGGCGGCGGGGAUGGGCGACUCCGGCGGCUCCGUCCUGUCGGUGGAUAUCGAGCGCAUCUCCUUCGGCGGCAAGGAACAUCAUAUACAAACAAAUCAUGGAUCUGUAUCUGUUGCCAUAUAUGGUGACCAUGAUAAGCCUGCUCUUAUUACCUAUCCAGAUAUUGCCUUGAACUAUAUGUCUUGUUUCCAAGGACUGCUCUUCUGUCCUGAAGCAGCUUCAUUGCUGCUUCAUAAUUUUUGCAUUUACCAUAUCAGCCCCCCAGGACAUGAGUUAGGAGCUGCUCCGAUUUUGCCAAGCUCACCGGUGGCAUCUGUUGAUGACUUAGCGGAUCAAGUCGCAGACGUACUUGAUUUCUUUGGAUUGGACUCUGUUAUGUGUUUAGGUGUCACUGCGGGUGCAUACAUUCUUACUCUAUUUGCAACAAAGUACAGAGAACGAGUACUAGGACUUAUCCUUGUUUCACCUCUAUGUAAAACCCCCUCAUGGUCAGAGUGGUUUUAUAAUAAGGUUAUGUCAAAUUUGUUAUAUUAUUAUGGCAUGUGCAACGUGGUGAAGGAUAUUUUGUUGCAGCGCUACUUCGGCAAGGGAGUACGUGGAUACUCUAAUGAACCUGAAUCGGAUAUUGUGCGGGCUUGUAGAAGUUUUCUAGAUCAACGGCAGGGCAUGAACGUGUGGCGGUUUAUUCAGACUAUCAAUGAGAGAAAAGACUUGACAGAAAAUCUGAAGCAGCUGCAGUGCAGAACUCUUAUUUUUGUUGGUGAGAAUUCCCAGUUCCAUGCUGAGGCUGUUCACAUGACUGCAAAGCUUGAUAGCCGAUAUAGUGCUCUUGUGGAGGUACAAGCUUGCGGGUCAGUUGUGACCGAGGAACAGCCACAUGCAAUGCUUAUACCAAUGGAAUACUUCCUCAUGGGAUACGGCUUGUACAGGCCAAGCCAGAUAAACUGCAGCCCUCGCAGCCCUCUGAACCCGUUCUGCGUAUCGCCGGAGCUCCUCUCGCCCGAGAGCAUGGGGGUGAAGCUAAAGCCAAUCAAGACGCGAGCCAACCUCAAAGCGUAGGAACACAUGAGGAGAAGAUGUAGGAACUGAUGUGUAUUCCUUGAUUUUUUUUUUGUGGUGGAGUGACAUAGCUGUUGUUACCAUGAUGUACAUAGCCAAGAGAUUAGGUCAGUGAGGGUUGGGUGGGGGGUUCAAUUCCAUUGAUUUGUAGCCUUGAACAGUUGUAAAUUGUCACAGAUUAUUCGUUGAAGAGAAUAAUAAGGGAAGAUGAGUUUGUUGCAAAAA